CCUCAGCCAAUCCGGGCGCUUGCAGGAAGGGCACACGGCGGCGUUCUCCUUCCUCGCAGUCAAAGCGCGCUAGGCCGGCGUCAUGAGCGGCGGCCUUGGGCUUGGCGGCGGGAUGCUGUCGGCAGAGCAACAACUGCAGCAGCGGCUCCUCCGCAGCCGCCUGAGGGCCUCGCAGCACCCGGGCGGGGGCAUGGGGGGCCCCCUUCCCCCGCCGCUCCUGCUGCCUCAGCCCUCUCCUCUCCCGCCGCCGCUGUCGCCUCCCUCUCCUCCGGACUCGCCCCCGCCGGGCACGACGCCCGCCGAGAUCCCCGCCGGCCCCCGCUGCCCCAGCGAGACCUGGUGCUCCCUGUGCCGCGUGUACUGCCCGGACCCGGUGUGCCUCCCCUGCGGGCACAACUUCUGCACGGCCUGCAUCGGGCAGCGCCUCGGCGAGCCCAAGCUCAACAUCUCCUGCCUGGAGUGCGGCGCCACCUCUCGCAAGAGGAACCUGAGGCCUAUCAAGCCGCCGCCGCUGCUCGGCAACCUGGGCGGGGUGGUGGUAGAGCGGGCCAAGCGGCAGAGGCUGGACUCGGUGCCAGGAGGAGGAGGAGCAGCAGCAGCCACCGCCGCCGGAGCGGCAGGAGGAGUCAUCGCCGCGGCAGGAGGAGUCAUCGCCGCGGCAGCCGCACCGGGGCCUGCGCCAGCGGCUGCAACAACGCCGCCGCCUCCGCCCCCGUCGCUGCUCUCACUGACUCCCACGCCGCCGACUCCGACGACACCGACUCCGACAACACCAACUCCGGCUCCACCGUCGCCGGUAGCUUCAGUACCACCACCAGCACCCGCACCAGCAGCACUGCCAUCGCCCCCACUCAUCGCGAAAAGGACGCCGCCGGCGGCAGUAGGAGCAGCGGGAGAUGGGAGUGGAGAGAAGCUGUGCGAGAAGCACCAGGACGUGCUCCAGUUCUUCUGCGAGGAGGACCAAGCCCCUAUCUGUGCACACUGUGAUAGAUCCCAGGCGCACCGGGCUCACACCAUCUUCCACGUAGAGAGGGCAGCCCGAGACUACAGGGUAAGGAGGAGCAAGCCAGACUGCUCCUUAAAAGACCUGCCUUUUCUGCAGUCAGAGGCUACCAAAGAGCGGCUUGAGACACAACUGGAACUUCUGAAGCAGGAGAAGAACACCUUAUGGAAUCAGAAGCUGACUGGAGAAAGGAAAAUCCAGGAAUACAUGGAAAAGGUCCGAGCUGAGAGGCAGGAGAUUGUGUCUGAGUUCGAGUGUCUACGCCAGUUUCUGCAAGAUCAGGAACAACUCCUGCUAGCCCGGCUAGAAGAACUAGAUAAAGAAAUAGAGAAGCGGAAAGAGGAAAUUGUCACCAAACUCUCUGAAGAGCUAUCCCGUCUUGGUGAUGUGAUCACUGAGAUGGAGGUGAAAUUUAAACAGCCAGCGAGUGAAUUUUUGCAGGAUAUCAAAAAAAACAUGAGCAGGUGUGCAACAGGGCAGUUCAAGCCAGAUGAAGAGUCUUCUCCUAACCUGGAAGAAAGACUAGACGACUUCUCUCGAAAAGGGGCAGCCCUUAAAGAAACACUGAAAAGAUUCCAAGAUCAUGUGAUAUCUGCUGUGGAGAAAGCAGAGAUUGUGAAAAUGGUGAAUGAUAAAGCUGUGACCCUUGCUCCUGACAUAUCAAGUGCUCUUCUGCCUUUGGACCAAAGCAUGAGACGUGAAGAGUUCCAGCACAGGCUGCCUGCCUUGCAAUAUGUCCCUGACACGCCGAAGAGACUGGAUUCUAGGGCAUUAGUUCUGGGCUGUGAUGGGUUUACUUCUGGGAGAUACUUUUGGGAAUUGGAAGUGGGUGAUGGGGAGUUUUGGGCAGUGGGGGUCACUCGGGAUCCUUCAAAGAAGAAGGGAAUGAUGUCCUUUAGCCCAGAGGAGGGGAUCUGGGCUGUGGGGCUCUGGAACGGCCAGCACUGGGCUCUCACAUCCCCUGUGACUGCCUUGUCCUUAAGCAAACAUCCCAGGAGGAUCAGAGUGUCCCUCGACUAUGUGGGGGAGUGUGUGACCUUUACUGAUGCAGACACAGAUGACCCCAUCUUCACUUUCCCACCAGCUUCUUUUAAUGGGGCACGUACUCACCCAUUGCUGUGGGUAGUGGGAUUCCCUGCUCAGACAGUGUUUCUGAGACACAUGGGGGUGAAAUAUCCGACUGGGGUCCAUGAAAUGGACAUUCUGAGUCCCUGAUUUUAACUUUAUUUCAUGAGCCCAGUGUGUAUCUCCAUCCUGCCAAAGCAAAGCUGAGAAGUGAGAAAGCUGAAACCUUUUUAACCUUUGCCUGAUCUAAGAGGAGGCAGAACUGCUGUCCUUGCAUCAAGGCCUUACGAUGUUGCCCUAGGAAAUUGCAGAAGAACUGUGAAGUGUAGAUUGUAGGCCUUUAAAAUAGUAUUGGAACAAAUUUAUACAAGGGAUUGUUAUGAUCCCUUUCUAGGUGUAGGCUUAAAACAUGUUCAAUAUGGAAAAAUAGCUACUAAACUUGAAAUUUUAUCUGUAUUUUUGAUUAAUUCAUACUUAAUGUUAUCUUUUUUUUUAAAUGAUUGCAUGCAUUUUAGCUUUGAUAAAUGAGCAGCUUAUGAUCCACUGUGAGGCAUGUCCACAAACAAAAACCCUUCAGGAGGAGGACCUUUUAAGUUCCAUGGCUUAGCCUAUGGGUAUCCCUUACACAGAGGUGGUGGUCCUGAAUCAAGCAUUUUCAGGUCUUAUGCACAGACCUGCACACAACAGUUGUCUGUACAACUGUGUUCUAGUAUCUUUCUCUUCAGCUGAUUCAUUCUGAAGCUUAAUUUCAUUCUUCCUUCUCGAGUUGGUCCUGGAGAUGAAAAGGGCAAAUCUCUGCUACAAUCUUGAACAAGUUGUUCUGAUUUUCCUGAAGGUGAAAAAUACAUAAUGUCUAAAUCCUUUUGAAAGGAAAGCCUGAGAUGGCUGCAUUCUGUUUCCAAAAAAAAAAAAAAAAAUUGUAUAGAAUGUUCGUCAAUACAUCUUGCUGUCUGCAUUUAGAAUGCCUGUUUCCUCCCCACCCCGCCCUGGAUACCCGCCCUUUGAAAAUAUGCUGUGGUGCUUCACUGGAUAUAAUAUGUCAUGGAAUUCUAAAGAGUACCAUACCCCAUUUUGUAUAUUUUCAGAAAAAUAAGUCCUGGUUUUAAUAAAGUUACUUUUCCAGAAAUGGGAAAGUAUGCAAACAUUA